AUGGAUUUUGAUGAUGAUGCCGCUGCGAAUGUUUAUAUGUCGGUCGAAGAAGUUCCAGAAAACCUUCUUCCUAAUGAUCAAGAUCCUUUGCGACUUGAUGAGAGGGUUGUUACUGUAGAUAUUGGGAAUAAGAUUUUUACUUGUACAUGUCGUAUGUUCGAGAACCGGGGAUUCUUAUGUCGCCAUGUUUUAAAGAUAUUAGACUGCUUAGGGAGUUCUGUCCAAUACCAGUCCUUGAACUCCAUACCUGACCACUACAUAUUGAAGCGUUGGACUAAAGGAAUUCGUCCAUCCCUUGAUGCUUUAAAACCCAUCAGUAUUGGAGGUAUUCAAGAUACUACUUUUGCACAAAGAUAUCAACAAGCUUAUGGUGUUAUGCUUCAGAUUAUAACCCGUGUUUGCAUGGACCCUGAUGCGUGCCAAUUUUUUCUUAAUGCUACAAUUGAAUGUGGGAAGCAAGCGGAAGAGUUGAUUGUUGCUAAAGGUGUUUCUGGUCAACCUUCAUCUUCCAGGUCUGCAUCUUGCAAAGAUACUAGUAUUUCUGAACCUUUUGUAGUUGAUUCUAGUGCAUGA